CGGAAGGCUGGUAAUUGAUUGGAUCAUUAUGGUCCUAAUUCUUAUCCCAGGGUCUGUGUAUGUAAGUUAUUUAUUUCAGCAGGCACACAUAAACAUCAAGACUUCUCUUAUUUAGUUGUGCAGCAAGCUAGCGUGGUAACCACAGUUUCCUCUGUCUCAACGGAAGACAAGUAACAGUCACAGGUGCAUGCAAAAAGGCGGCAGUAAGUAGAUAGCCUCUUCAUGAAAAACAAAACUGCAAUGGGAGCUGUUCAGUGAGGUCGAGCUGGGGAACUGGAGUCUCCUGUGGUCAAAACAAGAAGAAGAGCCAGUGGAGUCACCACUUCCAGGCCGCAAACCAGAGCACAAUUAGGAAUAUCAAACUACUGCACUGAGGAUGUCUGUCUGUGGAAGAAUCUAAUGAGAGGAUUGUAACUGUGACACUAUUUGUUUUUUACACGCCCAAAACGCGAGCCUCCUAGAUGAACCGCUUCCAGAGUGCAAUCUAAAAGACAGUCGCUUGGAUUCCCAGAAAAUAUCUAGUUCACUCUUCCGCUCUUUUUUUGGGAUCUGGCAUUUGACAGGAGGUCAUUAACUUUGUUUACUCUCAGACAAUGGACUCGUCUCUGCUGCCCGCUUCACAGAAUGAGUAUGGCAAGCAGAGGACAGGGGUGAAAUUCACCGUCCGCUCAGCUAACUCUCCCACAUAUAGUCUCUCUCGCAGCUCAGGUGUCAGGAAACGGGAGGGCAUAGGAGAAGUUGCAGAAAGAGAACGAUAUAGGAAACACACCAACACAAACGGUACAAAUAAGGAUGACGACACAGUCACUGGAUGUGAAACCAGGACUAGGAGUGGCAGCAGUGUCAGCACAAACAGAACGAUCCCAGAGUUUGGCACUGACAGAAGAGAAAACCCUGCAUUUGAAAGCCAGGGAAGAUCGGCGUGGAGGGGAUCCAACCUUACAAGCAGAAGUAAGAGUUUAGAUUUCAAAACAGGCGCUAGAAAACCUGAUCCCAAUACCAUAGCUGACUUUUCUCAGCUGUCCAACAACAAUAAGGGGGACACCAGUAAAUAUGCUGGAGCUUUGGAGGGAAGGAGGACACAAAUUGAAGGCAGCGUCAUGGACAGGAUUUCAUCACUACCGGCCUUUAAUUCUGUAGGUGUAAGUAAUCUUCAAGAGAGAAGCGAGCUUUUGGAAAGGGGCAGUAGGGGUAAGACUCUCCCUACCAGGUUAAGAUCCCUGUCUGGAUCUAACUAUAGUUACACAGAGACAUCUGCUUCAUUGGGGCCCAAAAGUGGCCAAAGUAUAAUGGAGCGGAUAGAGAAACUCUUUGGACCUACUGGUUUUGGUAAAACGGAUGACUACAAAAAUAGGGAUUCCUCUAAUAACUCUGAAUCAUCAACAGAAUCCCUCAUUUCACAGCAGCAAAAGCCUCAUGAGAAGACAGCAGGGGGCACCUUCCCUAUGAGUUUCUUCUCGAAGGACAGCAAUAGUGCAGUGAAAAGUGGACUUUCACUCUGGACACAAAAAGAUGCCAAUGCCUCAGGGUUUGAGACUUCAUUUUCAUCUGGGGCAAGCAUAAGAGAUAGCUCACCAGGAGGGUGGAUGCAGGGAAGGUAUUCAGAGGAAAGUGGAGUUAAUUGGGGCAAGGGUUUUAUGGAAACAGGUACAAGGUCCCUGGAUAGAGCCAGGAGUAGGUCCAGUAUAGCUGCACAGAUUAGAUCUGCAAGGGCAAACGCACAGCCAAAAACUUUGUUAGAAGAGACACCAGAUUCUUUCAGAGAGUCAUCUGAAUUCAGAGACAAAAGCAAAGACGAUAGCUCUGCAAACAACGGAGAGGAAAACAGAAAAACUAAUGUAAUAAGGGGGCAUGUUGAGAGACAGGACUAGAAGUGUUGA